UUCUACUUACUUACUGCCCACCUCUCUCUCUCUCUCUCUCUAACCAACUAAACUUCCCUACACUGUACAGUUAAGUUCAUCGUCACUCUGUUCACAAGUUGUGGGUUGGAAUCGAUUCAUGGAAGAAAUGGAGCUACAAAACUACCAAAAGCCCGACACGUCGUCGUCAUCCUCCGCCUCCCCGCGGCUGAAGCUCUUCGGCUUCAACGUCUCCUCAUCCAACUGCUCAGAAGAUGACAACUAUAACCAUAAUUACAACAGCUAUUACGAUGAGGACCACCAUCACCAGCACCAAAUCAACGCCGCAGCUGAAUCACUGGAAUCCAGCUGUUUCACUUCUUCCACAUCGGGCCCACCAGCUCCGCCGCCGACGGCGUCAGACGACGGCGGGAACGGCAGGAAGUACGAGUGCCAGUACUGCUGCAGGGAGUUCGCCAAUUCCCAGGCUCUAGGGGGACACCAGAACGCGCACAAGAAGGAGCGCCAGCAGCUGAAGCGGGCCCAGUUGCAAGCCACACGCAACGCAGCGGCGGCCGCUGCCGCCGCAGUGUCUUUCGCCGGCGGCAUGAUCAGGAAUCCCAUGUGCUCCGCCUUCGCUCCGCCGCCGCAUCUCCUCCCUUCUCCUCCAUCCGGCGGCGCUGGAUCCCUAAUCGGGGCUCCGUCAUGGGUUUAUUUGCCGCGUACCGCGCCGCCGUUUGGGGUCUCCCAUGGCGCCGUGUUUAGCGGAGGUGGUGGUGGAGGGAUGGCGGGCGGGAGCGGCGGCGGCGGCGGUGGUGGUGGUGGGAGAGGCGCGGGGGGGUUUUUGUACGGUGGUGGUGGUGGCGCCGUUGGGGAAUUGGGAUUGUUGGGUGGGCCAGCCCAGAAAGGGAUGGGCGGGUCCCACCACAGUCCGGAUGGGCCGACUUCGCUUAGCAGAUUCUCGAGAGGAGAAGGUGGGCCCAGUUUCGACGACUCGUUGGGCUUGGACUUGCAUCUCAGUCUGGCUCCAGCUGGCCCAUGAUCUCCUUUUCUUUUGUUCUUGGUUAUACAUAAUUUUUUUUUUGUAUUUGUAUUUGCUGUAGGAAUAUAUGACUUUGGAUGUUCAUCAUUUAGACUCCGAUGGUCUUGUACAUUUCUCCAAUUAAUAUUUAUUUAUCUU